GUUUUCGUUUGUUUCUAAAACAGUUGAACUGAAGGUUGACCGCUUCAGCUCACAGUUCUCGGACUUGUAUACAGCAGGCGCUGAGGGUCAAGAUGCUGGACCAUCUCUGGAUGACAUGAUGCAUCUAAACUUGUAUCAGCCACACCUGCUGUCAGAGGAGGACAUUUACACAGCCCGUGAUGAAAUGCCACAACCCUCAGCACCACUGGAUAUUGCUAAAUUUAAAAUCAAAGUGGACUGGACAGAACCAUUUCCAGAGAGAUGGAGAGCAAGACUACAGAAAGCCCUUCAGAGCUGGGUGUCCAGACUGGAAGGAAAACCAUCAGUCCACAGCGUUAAACUCAUGGAUGAUCAAACCUGUGCGGAGGUGCAGAUUACACCAGCAACAGCUCUAAAGGUUUUAAAAUGUCACAGAACUGCAUCUCUUCACUUUAAAAAUAUUAAGGAUGAUAAGAAAGUGACUGCACAGAUUUAUCUGGAUGAAGCACAUCCUGUGACUGUACAAAAGACCCUGCUGGAGGAGAACAAAGCUCCAUCAUCAAAGGUGAACAGCACCAGACCUGUGACUUCAGCAGUAUCAGAAGACACAGACAAUAGUGAGGAUGUUGUUGCAGCUAACAGAGCUUCAAAAGAUGCUGAGAGCACACAAACAUUUAAAAGGACCCCCGAGACCUCAGCUGGACUCACUCUUUCCACCCAUCAUUUCUGGUACAUUCUUCAUGCUUACAGAAAGGAGGUAGAGAAACUCGAGGAACAACAUGGAGUCAGUAUGCAGGCAGAAGUGUCAGUCUCAUUCAGAUCCACUGAGAGAUCAAGCAGUGAUUCUGUCUCCAAAGCCUCAGAGGACUUUCAGAAACUUGUCAGUGAUUGUGUGGUUAAUUCUAGUGAGGCUGCCGUUAAUCAUAAUGACAUGAAUUUAGAUAUUGUGAAGCAGGCGAUUCGUACCAUCCAGUCUGAGGAGGCAAAGUUGAUGUUGACCAUGUCUGCCAGUAACUGCCUGUUCUAUGGACCGAAUAAAAUUACAGACUUGAUUAAAAGAGAGAAGCCUGAUUAUGGACCAGGAGCAGUGGGUGGAGCAGUGUGGGAUGAGAGAGUGAAUUUUAGAAGACAAAGUGAAGCAGAUACUGAUUUCAAUAAAGAUUCAAAAGGAAACUCUGCUGAAGAGGAGACAUGUGCUAUCUGUAUGGACAGCUUCACCAACAAGACAAAACUGAAAUGUGGGCAUGAAUUCUGUCAGGAAUGUAUAAUGCUGUCAGUGGAGAGUCUGGGAUCCAUCUGUCCUGUGUGUAAGGAAGUGUUUGGGAAAUUGGAGGGGAACCAGCCAGAUGGAACAAUGAAUGUAAAAAGGAGCAAAUUUUCAAGUCUCCCUGGAUAUUCAGGCUGUGGCACUAUUGAAAUCAUCUAUGACAUACCCAGUGGUAUUCAAACGGCGAAGCAUCCAAACCCAGGAAAGCCUUUUCAGGGGGCAACUCGUUAUGCGUACCUGCCAGACAAUCAUGAAGGAAAUGAAGUACUUGCACUGCUGCAGAGAGCUUUUUAUCAGAAACUGAUCUUCACUGUUGGGAAAUCUACAACUUUUGGUUUGGAUAAUGUUGUCACCUGGAAUGAUAUUCAUAAUAAGACCAAUACAAGUGGUGGGCCUGAAAGAUAUGGCUAUCCAGACCCUGACUAUCUGAAGAGAGUAAAGGAUGAGUUAAAAGCUAAAGGCAUCGAAUAAGGUUUUGAUUUAUAAGUUCCCAAAUGCACAUCUAAGCCUAAUAUUUCCAAUAAACCAUUAAUAGACUAUUACAAUUUAAUAUACACUUUUUAUAUACAGUGACUUUAAGAACUAUUCAGACCCUUGAUCAGUUUCCUGAAAAUCAAGCUAUAUAUUGAACUUCUGUUGUGUGUGAAACUCUGUAAAUCUGGAUUUAAAAUGACAAGCAAACAGAGUAACAAAACCUAAAACACAAUGAAUGGUCGAGAUAAUUAAAUACAUAUUCUAAAAGUAUGUGGUUUCUGACAAAGUAUAGUUCUGGAUAACUCUUAAGGAGAACUGUACCAAUGAAGAAGAAAUAGCUCUAGCACUGAGAGAGUGUCUGGAAUGCAUACGUUAGGAAAAGAGUAUGAAGUGUGCACAUACCUGGAGAAUACAUCAUCUAGACACUGCUGAGAGAUGAUUUCCCCUCAAAACUCUUCACUUUUAAAAACUGUAUAUUUAAUAUACAGUAAGAUAUUAAUUUAAUUAAGGUGAUGGUUUUUAUAGUGUUUAAUUGUAAUGAAAUGUUUUAGCCUGGAGUUUGUCUUUUGUGCUUGUACCCUACAAAUAUGAUGUGAGUAUAUAAUAGUAUAUUACCACACUGAAGGCACUUGAUUCUCACAUAAAUAAAAAAGUGUGUAAUACUGAUUUUAAUAUGGGACUACGAAAAAAACGUAUAUUCAUGUUAUUUAUAAGUUGACUGUAAUGUUAAAGUUUAAACAAUCUCAAAACUCAUUCUGUAUGAUUUAUAAGCUUCUGUACCAGUGGGGACCUCUAUUUAUUCCCCAUGAAUUGAUGUGUAUUCAGGUUUUUAAGUCCCCACCAGUGUAGAAAAACAUGUACACACACAAUCUCUAAGGCUAGAGCGAGCGCUGGAGAGGAUUCAUGGACUGGAGCAGACACUGCCGUCUCAGACGUCUGUAUAGCCCAGACCACCAUCACUGGAAGGGCAAUAGUGGGGGGCAGAACCUCAGAGAUCGCUGAGGGCACUGUGAUGCCUGCCGUUCUCACUAACAUCUGCGGAAGGUCCCCACACUGGGCAUCAGUCUCAAUUGCCUAGGCACUGCCUUAAUACUAUCUUCAAGUGCAUCCGUUCAUGAUGACUGGAAAUGGCGGUCAUGAUGGCUGUAGGUAGACUUUGUUCUGAUGGCCAUCUUGUGGAGAGGCUCUGGGCUGCCAGCCAUGACGGGACGAGACUCUGAAGAGGCAGUCAUCUUGUGAACAGGCUCUGAUGUGGUGGCUCUGUUGUAAACUGGCUCUGGUGCAGAAACCACAGGACAGGAAGGGGACUAGCGACCAUUAUAACAGGACAUGCUGGUGACCACACUGAUCCAAGUUUCAUGGUUACAUGGUCCACUAAAUCAAACAUUUCUGAGAAUGUGUUGUUCCUCAAAACUCCAGCUCCAGAGAGAGAGAUUGGAGCAAAUGUGCACUUGUCAACAACUCUGAGAACCCAAUUGGCAUGGCAUCUCUCUUAUCGAAAAACGACAAAAACCAUCACCUCCGUAAAACCCUCUUGAGAGUCCAAAAAGCAUUCACUGCUGAAGCCUAUUGAGCUGCAGUUACGAGAGCAAAAAUAUCCCUCUAUGAGAUUUUAUUUUUAAAUUCAUAAAAUAUAAAGAAUCUCACAAAAGCAAGUGUGUUAUUUUCCUGUCUAUGUCUAUAUGAAUACUCAACAAUCAAGAAGUUAAUUGAGUGACAUUUUAGACUAAAUAUUUUCUGCCUUUUUAUUAUUAUAAUAAAUUUUUUCAGUUUUGCAAACGAAACAGUUGCAAACAAAGCCACAGCAGAACUGUUGUGGAUCUCAGAGAAACACUGUGGUGUUUGGUUCCUGAAUUAAUAUAUUUUUUAACAAAUCAAGCCAAUUAUUCAUUGAUCCAUUCAUAAACACACCACUUGCUUUAUUUCUAAUUAAAUCAUCUGUUGUUAAGUUGUUUGAAUUAUUCAAUGAGUGAUUUAUUAAAACCGGAAUUUGUUGCCACC